AUGUCGGCCGAACUCACCACCAUACUGCUCUCGUUCCAACCGGACAGCCCAGAGCUCGUGAAGAGGCGCGAUUAUGACACCAAGGCCCGCCAGUUUGUCUCACAACUAUCCAACAUCUCAUCGACAUCUUGGACCAAGGGCGCAGAUACACAACAAGAUGUUCUCUCGAUACUUAACCCUGCCGUCAACUCAAUAGCGUACGCCUUUGCCCUCCGCCACCGCAUCUCUACCCUUGUCGAGAAGAGGAAUAUCCCAGACACACUGCAACCCGGAGGUUCAUUAUGGAAUCAGCUAGUACUAUUUCUCGAGACUGCGGAUCCUAUACAGCUGCGAUAUGUUGGAAAGGAAUGGAGAACACUGGUAGAAUAUCUAGAACAAAUUGCGCGCGCAUGCGGAUCGCCGAGCCUUGCUAUUGCACCGAUGCGGUCAGCUAUGACCCGACUCGACCCUACCACAGGCACCUUCACUUCAAUUCACCUCCUCUUCGUACAGCUAUGUUGCGAGACACGAUCGUACGCGGCCGCCGAACCCAUCCUCGACAACUACAUUCACACUAUUCCUCUGAGGAUGCCGACCGUUGCCCGUGACGGCCUCGAGUACUCAGUGCCAUGUGCGGAUGUCGCGAGUAGCGGAGAGUAUAUACAUCAGCAUUCUGGGCAUUCAGACAAGUUCUCGGUGUCAGAAAUAGAGGAAUACUACGUUCUAGGAGCCCAAGCAUAUCUGGGAAUUCGCCAGUUCAAGAAGGCGCAACAUUUCCUCGAACAUGUGUUGGUCAUACCUACGGCCAACACCGCGAACGGUCUGAUGCUGGAGGCGUAUAGGAAGUGGGCGUUAGUGAGCUGUCUUGUCGAGGGAAAGAUGGGAACUUGCCCACGUACUUCGAACGGCAAUGCGAUCAAGAACAUCAAGGCUGCUUCGAAAGCAUACGAAGCUUUGGCAGAGGCGUAUGAGGAACUGGAUAACAUGUCCAAGCUGAAGGCCCAGGUGCAAGCAGGGUCUGAGAUCUGGGCAGAGGAUGGCAACACAGGCCUCGUCAACGAGCUCAUCAGCAGCCAAACACGGGCCUACGUUUCGCGGCUAUCACGGACAUACUCGGCAAUUCCAGUCUCAAACAUUGCCAGCCACUUGGGGGCUUCCGCGGAUGAGAUCGCCGGAUACAUUGACACAUUGAUCAAGGAUGGGCACCUGAACGCACGACUAGAGGAGACGGACAAGUCGAACGCGGGGAUCGUACUACGUUUCUUCUUAGAUCCAACACAGGGGCCUCUAGCCAAGAGCGAGAAGCAGCAACAGCAAGCCCUGUUUGACCAGACGCGUCGUACCAACAUGCUCGCCGAGCAAGUCAAGGAUGCCGACUACCGACUGACGCUCACCAAAGAGUACGUCGAGAACCAGAAACGGUUGAGUAAGCGGCAGAGCAACAACAACGGCGAUGCUAUGGAUACAGCAUGGGACGACAGCCUCGAGGCGGAGGAGGACAUGAUGGUUGACCUGCACUGA